UCGACCUUUCUCUGUCAAGUAGUCAUGGUCGUAGUUACGGUGAUUUGUCAAAAAGAGGCAUCGUCCUCGUAGAAUACGGUAUACAGCUGAGAUUCUAAAAUUGAUGAAACCACAGUUUAUUAUUGCGGCAAAACCCGUCAAAAACCGCCACAUGGUUUGAUUGAUCAAGACACCCUUUAAAGAAUCAUACCCACCCACAAUAUUCUCCCUUACCAAAACCACCAUUCCCUACCACCUCAGAUCGAGCUUCUUCUUCCUGCUUUCCUCUGUUCGAUUUAAUCGUUGACGAGAAAAAAAGAUCUCUUUUAAGAAAAAAGGUUUAAGGUUAUUAUAGUUUUUUAUUCCAGUUUAGUGCGUCGGUAUGAGUACUGUGGAAAGUAGCAAGCCGAAGAUCAUAACUGGUUCUUGUGGUUAUGUUCUUGAAGACGUUCCUCAUCUCUCCGAUUAUCUUCCCGCUCUUCCUACUUAUCAUAAUCCACUGCAAGACAAUCCAGCUUACUCAGUGGUUAAGCAAUACUUUGUUGAUGCUGAUGACACUGUCCCUCAGAAGAUCGUUGUUCACAAGGAUGGUCCAAGGGGGAUUCACUUUAGACGAGCCGGGCCGCGUCAAAAGGUCUACUUCGAAUCUGAUGAAGUCCAUGCUUGCAUUGUCACCUGUGGGGGUCUUUGUCCCGGCCUUAAUACCGUGAUUAGGGAAAUCGUGAGCAGUCUCUCUUAUAUGUAUGGAGUGAAGAGAAUACUGGGAAUAGAUGGUGGAUAUAGAGGCUUCUAUGCUAGGAAUACUGUCUCCUUGGACUCUAAAGUCGUAAAUGAUAUCCAUAAGCGAGGAGGGACCAUCCUUGGGACCUCACGAGGUGGUCAUGAUACUACAAAGAUCGUUGACAGCAUUCAAGACCGAGGAAUCAAUCAGGUUUACAUUAUAGGUGGAGAUGGAACACAGCGAGGCGCAUCUGUUAUAUUUGAGGAAGUUAGAAGACGUGGCUUGAAAGUUGCAGUUGUUGGAAUCCCAAAAACAAUCGAUAAUGACAUACCUGUGAUAGACAAAUCUUUUGGGUUUGACACAGCUGUAGAAGAGGCUCAACGAGCUAUCAACGCAGCACAUGUGGAAGCCGAGAGUAUAGAGAACGGUAUUGGUGUUGUCAAGCUUAUGGGUCGCUUCAGCGGGUUCAUAGCGAUGUACGCUACUCUAGCAAGCAGAGACGUGGACUGUUGUUUGAUUCCGGAGUCACCAUUUUACCUGGAAGGAGAAGGUGGACUGUUUGAGUACAUAGAGAAACGGCUCAAGGAGAGUGGGCACAUGGUGCUUGUGAUUGCAGAAGGUGCAGGACAAGAUCUUAUGUCAAAGAGCAUGGAGUCUGUGACUCUCAAAGAUGCUUCUGGUAACAAACUUCUUAACGAUGUUGGUCUUUGGCUUUCACAAAGCAUCAAGGAUCAUUUUAAUCAGAAGAAGAUGGUGAUGAACCUUAAGUACAUUGAUCCAACGUACAUGAUCCGUGCUGUUCCUAGCAAUGCGUCAGACAAUGUUUAUUGUACUCUUCUGGCUCAGAGCGCAGUGCACGGUGCGAUGGCUGGAUACACUGGCUACGUCAGUGGUCUAGUGAAUGGAAGACAAACCUACAUUCCCUUCUACAGAAUAACGGAGAAACAGAACCAUGUGGUGAUCACAGACAGGAUGUGGGCGAGGCUGCUGUCGUCCACAAACCAGCCGAGUUUCUUGAGCCCUAAAGAUGUGUCUGAUGAUAAAGAGAAGCUCAUGUCGGCCCUCCUGGACGAUGGCAACUGCAACGGGCCAGUCGAUGUCCCUCCAGUCACCAAAGAGAUCACCAAGUGACACUUAGUCGAAGAACAUGAUGAUGAUGUCCUAUAUGUUUUAGGUAGUAGUUGAGCGAAAUAAUUGUGUGUUUACGGUUAUGUCUGUAGUUUUCAACUUCUCCAUGCUACUUCUAUCAAUCUUCUAUUAAUCAGUUGACAAUCUUUAAAAAUCUUUUACAAAACUCA